CUUUAUUCAGACGACAGGGACUCCCUGCUUCAUACGGCUUACACUCGAACUCUAUAGCCGUUCUUUGAUGAGCUACAACCGACCACCAUGGCUCCCAUAAUCCGCGACGCAGGCGGGCUCUCUGGCGCGGGCACCACGAUUCUGAUAGUCGUCGGCACUGGCGGCUUUACUCAUGCUGCCCCGAUGCUCGAAAUCGGCCGCAUCCUCGCCCAGCGCGGGCACAGGAUCGAGUUUGCGACACACCAAGGCCAGGAGCGGUGGCUCACGUCCCCCAACCCCCGGGAGCAGGACAGCAAGUACAGCUUCAUCUCGCAGGUCCACCUGAUGGGCCCGGGGAUGGACGUGGCCACCGAGGUCGAGCACUACAUGCAGAUGCAAGAGUCGGACGCGCGGGUCGACUACCGGGCCUACGCGGCGCCCAAGCUGCGCGUCGACGCCUUCUGGGAAUCCGACUACGCCGCGCUGUGCCGGAUCAUCACCAGCGGCAGCGGCAGCACCACCAAGGGAACCACCACCACUACCCACCACCACCACCGCCCGGACCUGAUCCUUGCCGACUUCUUCGUCGACAUGGCGGCCCGGGACAUCCAGCGGCAGUUCGACAUCCCGCUGGCCAGCAUGUGGCCGCAGAUGCCGUACGGCGUCCUCGCCGGGGUGCCGUACAUCCCCGGGCCUCCGGGCCUGCAGAUCGACGCGCUGACGAGCGAGCACGCGACCCUGUGGACGCGGGUGCGCGCCGCGCUGAGGCCGUUCCGCGCGCUGCCGACCAUGCUCACGUACCUCGGGUUUCUCCGGAGCAUGCGCCUGCGCGCCGGGGUUAGCUAUCUGCUACCUUUCACGAGCAAGCCGAACCAUCUGGUGCUGGUCAACUCGUUCUGGGGGCUCGAGACGCCCAGGGACCUGCCGCCGCUGGUGGUGCCCGUGGGGCCGGUGCUGGCGGACAGCUACGAGGAUGUCGAGGGCGAGCUGGGGGCGUUCCUGGAGAGGAAGAAGAGGGUGCUGUACGUCUCGUUUGGGACGCAUGUGAUGGUGCAGUAUCGGGACUUGGAAAAGCUGCUGCUUGCGAUGCUGGUGCUGUUGCUGCCAGUGGAUACGCCGGGGCUGUUUCUGGGAGAAGGAGACGGGAAGGGAACGGCGAUGGGGAUGGGGGCAAGGCAGACGCGGUAUCGCGAACCGGAUCCCGAGGUGGUGUAUCGCGAGUCUCUGUCCCGCCUGUCGUCUACUUCGUCACCAUCAUCAGCACCAUCUGGUAUCAUCGACGGGGUAGUCUGGGCCAUGACCCCAGCCCAGACCAAACUCUUCUACAGCAACCGGCCCCCUCCCGUCAACGACGCACAACGCCGCCUCCACGAGCAGCAAGACCUGCUCCUGUCCCGGAUCCUCGCCAACGCCCACCCGCAGUGGCACGUCGUGCCCUUUGCCCCGCAGCGCGGCGUCCUCGCCCACCGCCACACGAAGCUGUUCCUGACCCACGGCGGCGCCAGUAGCGUGCAGGAGUCCAUCUUCCACGGCACGCCGAUGGUGUGCCUGGGCUACUUCUUCGACCAGCCGCUCAACGCGCUGCGGAUCAGGGAGGCCGGGGUCGGGGAGGGCCUGGACAAGGCGGACUUUUCGGCGGGCGAGGUUGUUGAAAAGAUGGAGGAUAUUCUGGGCGACGGGGAAACGGGGAGGGCGGUGGCGAGGAACGUCGAGAGGAUGAGGAGCAUCGCGCGGGUGGCGAGCCGGCGGAAAGAGCUCGCGGCGGACCUUUGCCAGGAGGUGCUGUUUGAUCACAAGUUUGGCGCGGCGGUGGGGAGUCUGACGACGACGGCGACGACCGCGGACGUGCUGGGGGACACACUUUUGGACGAAGGGGAGGAGGAGGAGGAGGAGGAGGCAGACGAGCGAAGUGGUGAUGGUGAUGGCGGCGACGAGGAGCCGUGGGUUACAAGAAGGGCCAGUGUUAACGCGAGAACACUCGAGGCCGGGCAGCACGAUCCCUCGUCAUCAUCAUCGUUGUCUGCCUCGAGAUCACGAACACAACGCAACAAAACCCCGCGGCGACGACAUCUCCACCACAGUGCCCACAAGGAUAACAUGACCAAGCGCCGCCCGAUGCACCUCCAGACGGCAGACAUGCGCAUGUCGACAUGGCGCGCGCAGAACUGGGACCUCGUGUUUGUCGGGGUCGUGACGGCCACAGCGAUCGGCGGAGUCGGGUGGUUCGCAUGGAUGAGGCUGGGCGGACAUGAAAGUCAUCAGCCGAUAUGGUGGUGGUAAACAUGAGAGGAAAUCUGACUGCUGAUGCCUGGGGCGGGCCGCCGCGCACACACAUAGCAGAGGCAAGGAGUACUCUGGUUCAAGCGACAUGCUCUCUUUCUUGCGUGGCAAUGUUUGAUUCGUUGUGUUCUGCAAUGUGUUUGUUGUCCCUUGGCAUCCAACUUGGAAGUGGCCUGUCUCUCUUGGCAUGAGGAGCAAGCGUCUCACCAGCUUCCAGGUCCAUUGACCCAUCCCCCAGUCCUUCGCAAAAACACAACACGAUUACAACCACAGCAUACCACCACCAUCAAUGCAUCCCAAAACU